AUGGAACUGAACCUGAGAAUAUACAGCAUUACAGGUAUUUUAAUUACUGCCCCUCUCUCUCUUGCAGUACUUUCACUUCCAGUAGCAAAUCCAACACUUAAAGAUGACUCUAAGGUGAUGAAGUGCAUUGCCGAGGUAAUUUCCGAUACAGUGUCAAAGCCAAAUCCACUCCCAGUCAGCCAGGAAUGCCUAGAUAUUCUUCAAGGAGAUGAAAGAAUCCACUCCAUCCUUCGUCAUCAAAACCUGCUAAAGGAAUUUCAACAGAUCGCAGCCCAAGGUGCAAAUGAAAGGACAGAACAACAGAAGAAAAACCGGGGAUUUGAAGAUGAGCUCUCCGAGGUCCUUGAAAGCCAAAGCAACGCGAAUGCAGAGAGAGAACUCAAGGGGACCCCUGAUGAAGAACUUGCUGCUUCCCUGGCCAAGCUAGAGGUGGAGAAGGACUGGAAACACAGUGAAAUUGACGCUUCCAAAGAGGAGGGGAAAAACAACUUGCAAGAGAGGGAACCGAGGGCACAAAACCUCGACUCUGAAGAUGGGAAGGAGAAUGCAGUGAGAUUUGAGAGCAAUGAAGUUGGUGAGGCUGAAGAAUUGCCUUGGGAUGACACUGCUGACAAUCGUAUCCACAGUGAUGUCCGAGAUGAGGAGGUGGCUGAGCAGAGAAGCCAAGAGGAGGAAGAAGCUGCAGAGUUAGAUGAGUUUGAAGAUGAGAAGGAGCAGGUUUCCAAACACAGUCAAGAGGAAAGCAGAGAGGAGGGAGGGGACAGUGUCCAAGAACAAGCUGAGGAAGAGGAGGAAGAAGAGGAUGAGGAUGUGAUAAGGGAUGAAGAAGAGGAAGAAAAAGAGAGGAGCACCUCUGAAGAGGCACAUCCUACCAGUUCUGAGGAUGUGGAUGGUGAAAGGGAAGAUGAGAACCAAGACACAAAGGAGUCUGAACAUGAUGAGAAGCCUUCAGAAGAAGAAGAGAAAUACCACAGUGCAAAGAGACUGAGACAUCACUCUUCAGCUGAGAGAAGGCAGGAUGAAGUUACCUCCAAAGCCAGGGAUCCUGAGAGUGAAGAAGCAGGAGAGGAGUCCUCCAGAGAGCUGGAGGAUGCCAAGAGGUGGAACAAAAUGGAUGAGCUGGCCAAGCAACUGACCACUACUAAGCGUGUUGAGGAAGAGGAAAGUGAUGAAGACCCUGACCGGUCCAUGAAACUGGCUCUCAGGUCCCAUAACCCUGAAGAGGAGGAGAGGAGGCCACUGAACCAUCAUUCAAAAGAGGAGAGUAGUGAACGUGGCGUUCCACUUGCUGCCAUACCUGAGGAAAAGAAGGAUGAAGAAGGAAGUGCCAACAGAAAGACCGAGGACCAAGAGCUGGAUAGUUUGGCAGCCAUAGAAGCUGAGCUGGAGAAAGUUGCCCACAAGCUCCAUGCCUUGAGAAGGGGCUGA